GUAGCAUACAACAUAGCCAUCUUGUCAUGAGUGACUGAGUGAGGGAGGUAACUGUAGGCGCUCUUUCGCUUCGUUUCCCGUUUGCUUUAAACAGCGAAACUCAUGAGCGUUUUCUUAUCUUGACCGGAGAUCGUUUCAAGCUCAGCGUUGCCACCGAGUGAUUUGACGCCGGUAAAGCGAGUGCACACCCGGGAGCGCUUUCAAGAAGAUGUCUCUCAUACUUGUUCCGACGUAGGGGGAGUGUGCAGCAGCAGCCAGUUGGCUUGACUCACUAGCUUGCUCGCUGAGUGGAGGGCUGCGGGCCCUCCUCAGCCUGAAGUAGCUCCUGUAGCGGUUCAACACACUCUGCGACAACGGCUGUUACACAACUGCACAGGCAGGAGACUAGCAGGCCUCUCAGGACUUCUGUCGGAACUCUGGAUCGCCGUUUGUGUCACUCUAAAGUCGCCGUGUCGUCAAUCGCAUCCGGAGACCGAGAGACCGCUAAGGGAUGGCGCAGAUUCACCUCGUUUACAGUUAACACGGCGGAGUACAACAGAUGCAAGUGUGCUGUUUAAUACAGGCCAACGUUUCGGGGGCUGCGACCUGCUUGCUCAUAUCUGGUGGAGGAUAAGCCGACGCGAGGUGAGGAUCCGCCUGCCAACAUGUCGAAAAUGCCGGCCAAGAAAAAGAGCUGUUUUCAGAUCACGAGUGUGACUCAGGCCCAGGUGGCUGCUAUCGGAGCCACGGACGACACCGAGAGCCUAGAAGACCCGGACGAGUCCCGCACAGAGGAUGUGUCGUCAGAAAUGUACGACAUGUCACGUACUGAAUACGAGCCAGCGUGUGACAGAAGUUCAUCCGAAGAAGCCCUAAACAAUGCUGGAGAGCCAGAGGCGACAGGAGUCAUGGCACCAUCACACAUACCUCACUUUACUGUGCUGUCAGUCAAUCCCUUGGGGGAGUUCCGGAAAGCGGGAGUGUCCGGCCCAAUUCAAGGCAGUCAGCAGCAACCAGCAGGGAUUGGAGGUACAGCUGUCUCACAGCAACAGGCUGCCCCACCGACCUCCAGUCCGGGGCCAACCGUAGUGUCCAUAAAUGUAUCUCAACCUGCAACAGUACCCAGUCCAGGUCCUCCCCCUGCCACCUCCACAGUGAGUUGUACUUCUCGCUUCCGGGUCAUCAAACUUGACCAUGGUACUGGGGAACCCUUUCGAAGAGGUCGGUGGAUGUGUACAGAGUUUUAUGAGAAAGAGUCUGAAGCUUCUGUAGGCAAUCGGACUGUAGACAGCACUAAACAUGUCAGUGCAACACUGGAUAAUGCUGCAGACAGAGACAGUGGGCUGGGACUGACUGGUGGCUCUGUGGUUGCCCCGGCAACGCACUCAGCUCAAGCCUCAGGCUCCUCAGCGGAUGUUGCUCUUUCCUCAUCUCGCAUGCAUCCAUUGGAGACAUCGGUGCAGCAAAACUUCAUCACCCGGCAGCAUGCUGUCAGCGGUUCUGGGCCACAGAUUGCUCUCUCCGGCAGCAAGCCCACGUCUGUGUCCAUACAGGUUCAGGCUCAGCCUGUAGUGGUGAGUGUCCAGCCCACUGCUUCUCACAGCGUUGGGCAGAAUGGAUUGCCUCAGUCUGUUGUCCACAUGCAGAAGUCCCCCAUCUUGCCUCCAUCAGCCCAGACCCAAGUGUACCCGCUCCAGCAGCAACAGCAGCUUUCAAUGGGGCACCACCCGACUGGCCAGAACCAGACAGAGUACUAUCAACAGCAGCCUGGACUUUCCCCUGGCCAGGCACUGUCAGUGCCUACAGGGCCACAGACAGUUGGACAAGCAACCUCUCCUGCCAUGCCUCCAGCCUCCGGAGGAGUUUCAAUUCCCAGUCAGCUUGUGGAUGUCCCUGUAGGUGGAUCUAUACUUUCUGGACAGACGGCUCCAGGCCAGACUGCUGGAAUGGGAAGUGUUGGGGGCUCCUUGCAGGUUGGAGGAUCCACUUUGCAGCAGCAGUCUGUCAGUCAGUAUGCUGCCACUGGACAGUCCAAGCCCCACAGCCUCCACCCUGCAUCCUCUGGUGUUCAAAAUGUGCCUGCCAUUGCAGUGAGCUCCAGUAUGCCCCCUACGGUGCUUACUGCUGUGCCCAGUGCCUCCAGUGCAGCCAUGCCAAAGGGGACAACCUCCAGUUUGCCUCCAAGUCAGGUAACCCAGCGCACGACUGCAGGAGCAUUGGGGGCUCAGAGCCUCCUUGCAGCUGGAUUUGGACAGGUGGAGGGUGGCGGCGUGAGGAAGUCUGAUGGUGUUAAUGCGAUGUUGUCUGGGAAGGAUCUGGUGAAGCCCCUCAUGCCUGAGAGCCUGCAGCUCGCUGCUCCAACCGUCAACAGCCUGUUUGGAAUCCACAUACCUGUCGAUGGGGAUGAGGACAGGAACCCCUCCAAGGCUUUCUACCAGGCCUUCCAGUCUGGCAGCAGAUUAAGGGACUCAAAGGCCCACAGUGAUAGUGCCUCUGGAACCAAUGUUGUUGCCAUUGAUAAUAAAAUAGAACAGGCAAUGGACCUGGUGAAAAGCCAUCUGAUGUACGCCGUGCGUGAAGAGGUGGAGGUCUUAAAGGAACAGAUCAAGGAGCUCUACGAGAGGAACUCUGUGCUAGAGCGAGAGAACGCCGUCUUGAAAUCUCUGGCCAACAGCGAGCAGCUCUCGCAACUCCCUGCCCAGCCACAUGCUGGCUCGGGCGGGCCGCCGCCGCCACCACCACCUUCGCAGCAGCAGCAGCAGCAGCAGCAGCAACAACAACAACAACAACAGCAAGGACUCAGCCAGCCUCUGCCGCCUGCCGGGCCGCUGCCUCCAGCGCAGCCUCCGCUUCAGCACCAUCCGAAGGCCCCGCAGAUGCAGACUCCUCACCCUCAGCUUGACCCAGGCCAACAGCAACCCAGCGUCACCUCAGCUUGAAACCUCUCACGGACGCAGACGAGGAGAAGAUUAUUACAAUUAGUGUAUGUGAAAUUUACAGAGAAAAAAAAAAAAGAAGUUUAACUUUGUCCUCUUAGCCACCAGCUUGACCACAAAGUGCAGUGCUUGUAUGUGCAUGUGUGACUGAUGUCGUGUGAAUGUGUGUGCGCGUGCAUCUGUACUGUGGGCCUUUCCAGUGUUAAUGCAAUCAUCAUGAGAGAGAAUUGGGCUGGGUAUGCGUGUGUAUGCAGCGUAUCAGGGAUCUCGGGGCGGGGGAGGGGGGUUUCUUUUUUGAAACUUGGCUUGUUUUCCCUCCCACCCCCAACGUGCGGAUGGAUGGCUGCUGGGGUCCAAGCCUUCACAUUGGUUGCUUGGACGAGACUGAUGGAGCAGAGGAUGAAGGGAGGGGUUUCACCUCACAUUAAGGGACAAACGGGGAAAACGAUUGUCAAGAAACAAAAAGAGUGAUUUUUUUUUUAAAGAUGGGUCAAAGGGGGCAUUUUAGCCUUGCCGAGUCAUCACCGUAAAGAAAACACGUCUGCUUUGUGGAGUGCCACCUCUGCCGUUACUUGUCCAUCGACCCUUGCAUCAGUCUUGAGUUCUGCUGUCAAGAGUUUUAUUUAUUAAAGGGCUGCUAUAUUCCUAAAUUAGAUUAAACCCAUGCUCACAGUAGCCCUUUUUUUGUGUUUGAAAUAAUAAUUGGCCAAACCUCCCAAGGGCAAUGCUUUACAUGUCGUUUAAAAGCAACAUGGAAUUAUUACAUAUUUAACUCAAAUUGCCAAGACUAGGUAUGAGUGUAUGUUAUUAAAUCUUAAAGGAAAACUGCACGUUUUUUGGAAUGUUGCCCAUCAUCCACAAUCCUUAUGUGAGACCUGAACACACAUGUCUUUCUAAAAGAUAAAAACAGAUGACAGACAAAAACAGCCAGCUUAUUAUUGCACGUGUGGGACAUACUUUAUUCCUCCUAUAAAGUCGUCGGAAAAAGCCUAAAAAAGCGCCAACAACAUUUACAUAUGAUGUGACGUGCAUAUCAACCAAGUUACAGAGAUUUUGUGGUUAUUAACAUUGUUACGCCGAUCGAACUACAUUACUGGCGUAUUGACACUUAGCCAUACCACACCGGCUAGCGACUAGCUUUCACCACAGACUCGUUCGUAGCGCGUCGUCUUUGCGCUCACGCUUCAGACACGACCAAAACGUAAGGCUAUAUAGUCGAGAUGUCGCAACUGCUGCUGUGUUUUGAGUUUGGAAAAGUUAAAGCUAGGUGUAGGCGUUCGUUUCUGCGGCGUUGCUAUGUGAAAUCAAUGCGCCGAGCAAGGAGAUCCGGUAAUGCUUAAAUGGCUGACAUACACGAAUUACUGUAAGUAUUACAUGUUAUCAUGAAUGCACCUGUUACUACAGCGUGUAUUAAAAAAAAAACAUAAAACCCUGCUGGGGGUGUUAAGGCGCGGUCUUUGUGGGCGGCUUAGUUGUAUCCCAAUAUGUGCAGUGGCGGAGCUACGCUUGGACACUCUCCGGCCAACCCCACGGCUAGGGGACAAUUUUGACAAACGCGGCUAUGUGGUGCAGAACAUUAGUUCAGCCUGAAUGCCGUUACCGCCUGGGCGCGUUUCACUGCAGCACACAACUUUCCGUGUGGAGGAGCUGUCGAUAAAACCGCGUCUUAGGUAAGUUUUCCAUGAUUACUUUGGUGUUGACUUUGAAUUAAAUUCUGAAGCGUGAUUCAGCACGUAAGUCUGUUAAUAAUGGAAGCUCUCUGUAGCACCAUGAGUGGGUAUGUAAACCAAGGAGCUUAGAGUUCUACUUCCGUAUUGUGCCCCGCGCGGGUUUGGCCGCCAUGAUGGGGAGCAGAAUCUAGAAACUAUGAAAACAUGUCUUCGGCACACUGCUUAGCUAUUAAUUGCUCUAAUAGAUUCUCCAAAAGCAGUGGCGGAGCUACGGGGUGGUCUCUGGCCAGCCAGACAAUUCAGGUAUCAACUUAUUGCCACCCGUAUGUGAGUAAUGGUCUCACCUUGGCCACCCCAAUAAAAAUGUCUGUCUCUGCCACUGAAUAAAUGCACUGCUAUUUUUACAUCUUUGAAACCCACAGAAAAGAUAGACGUGUGUUCAUGUCUAACAGGGGUUGUGGAUGAUGGGCAAAAUUCCAAAAAAGUGCAGUUUUUCAUUAGAAGCCUUGAUAGGUGAUGCUUCACCUGCUGACAUGUCCUUGGCUGAAAGUGAAUUGGCAGUGCCGCACCUACCCUCCUCCCCUUUUAUGGGGGGGCGGAGGGAAAGCUGUGAAAUCAUUCAAUCUGCAUUGUAACCAAAGAUGCAAAGAGCUGUGUAAUUUGAUCUUUUUUUCCCCUCCUUUUGUGACUCCAUCACAAAAUAUUUUUGUUGCCAUUCAGCAUGUUCUGUAACCUUCAAACCACUUUCUUACCUCAUUUUUAUUCAGCACUCUUAUCCUAAGACAGUCUGUGAACAGUGGGGAACGGGGAGGGGCGAGGGUGGGGGCGGGAUUGGGUUGGAAGAAAAAAAAAAUGACAGCGGAGUUGGGCACCAGCAGUGAGGAAAAAAAUACCCGAGUGUUACUGACACUAGUCACAGAAAAUGAAGUGAGCCAUGUUUUGUUCGUUUAAAAUGGUGUUUGAAUUUCAUAUGCCAAUAGUUUUGUUACAUUGCAAAUUUUAUUGUAUUUAAAUAAAAGCAAUAUUCAAAUUCCAAAAUGUUUGUAUUUAUUGGGAUUUGAUGUAACCAGUUGCAAACAAUAAACCGAUAAACAUUUGACAUCUGUUGAUAAAAAUUGGUUACACAUGAGGCUACACAGUUUAUGAAGAGAAAACCAUUUAACUUCACUUGUAAUCUUAUUUGCAGCUAAAAUCACAUUUCUGGAGGAGGAAAAUAUAUGAAAACAUUCUUUACAAAAAAAGGUGACGGGUGCUAUACAGAAGACAAUUGUGUUGGAGACAUUAAAAGUAACAAAAAUCAUCAUCACUGGGGUUUUGUGCAUUUUCCCUCAAGUUGUAACAAGCCAUUACUGAGAAACAGUCCCAGUCAGCGCGUCAACAGGUGUGCCACCGGGGAGGACAAAGGGAGCUUCUUUGUGUUAAAACGUUUCUGCAGUUCUUGAAGGCUAAUCCACAACAACAAAUCUACUCCCUUUACUCCUCUGUGCUGUGGCCGUGCGCUGGUCUUUAAGGAUACGGAAUCUCUCGUUCAAGGUCAUGGAUGUCUGCUUUAAGAAGGACAAAAUUAACAGUGAAAUUAUUAUAAAGUCUGGAAAAAUGUGUCAUCCUACAUACCGGUUUUCCCACACUGUUGAUGUCAAAUUGGAGAGGAACGCCUUUGGGUGUUUUCUUCUCCAGCGUUUCCGUGUUGUUGGCGGCUGAGCUGGCAGUCAGUGGGUGCAGAGUCCAAGCAGAAGGAGGCCUGUGGAGAGAAUCCAGGUCUAAGCCCUUCGCUUAUGUGUGAAGUGUGCGGAGUUACUCUUACUCAGGCUGAGUCAUGGCUGCGGGGUUGUCUAUCGAUACGGUCAGCAUUCCAUUGCUGCUUGUUGAUGUGCGCCACCUGGUGGAUAAACAAAACGUGACAAUUAACGCAGAAGAAAUCCUUGUAAUAUAAAUGUAUGUAUUUGCAGAUGUCCCGUGGUAGGAAAAUUAU